CAACCGCUCACUGACUGCCUUAUAAAUCACCCCUUUCCCCCUUCUCCUCCACCACCACAUCACCGUCCACCGCCUGUUCCGGAUCUUCCCCCCUCCCCGCCCUGCAACCACCACCAACAUUUUCCGACCUUCUCCUCUUCCUAUUCCUUCUCCGCCACCACCGCCGGAUACCGGCUACUAAAGACAAAUGGAUCCGGUGAGCGGGUGGGGUAACUCUCCCCUGCACCAGGUUGACGAGGAGGUGUUCGACCUGAUAGAGCGAGAGAAGCGGCGCCAGAGCCAUGGCAUCGAGCUCAUUGCUUCCGAGAACUUCACCUCCUUCGCCGUCAUCCAGGCGCUUGGCAGCCCACUCACCAACAAGUACUCAGAGGGCAUGCCGGGCAACCGGUACUACGGCGGGAACGAGUUCAUUGACGAGCUUGAGAACCUCUGCCGCUCCCGCGCCCUCCAGGUCUUCCGUUUAGACCCUUCCAGCUGGGGCGUCAACGUCCAGCCAUAUUCCGGUAGCCCGGCCAAUUUCGCCGCAUAUACCGCCCUCCUCAACCCCCACGAUCGGAUCAUGGGACUCGACCUCCCGUCCGGCGGCCAUCUCACCCACGGCUACUACACCUCUGGAGGCAAGAAGAUCUCUGCCACCUCCAUCUACUUCGAGAGCCUACCCUAUAAGGUCGAUUCCGCCACGGGGUACAUCGACUACGACAAGCUGGAGGAGAAAGCCUUGGACUUCCGGCCUAAGCUCAUCAUUUGCGGCGGAAGCGCGUACCCGAGGGAUUGGGACUACGCCAGGUUCAGGGUUAUUGCCGACAAGUGCGGCGCUCUGCUGCUAUGUGAUAUGGCGCACAUCAGCGGGCUUGUGGCAGCUCAGGAAGCUGCCAAUCCAUUUGAGUACUGUGAUAUUGUCACGACGACCACUCACAAAAGUCUUAGGGGUCCAAGAUCUGGCAUGAUCUUCUACAGGAAAGGCCCCAAGCCUCCAAAGAAGGGCCAGCCAGAAGGGGCAGAGUAUGACUUUGAAGAGAAGAUCAAUUUUGCCGUUUUCCCUUCUCUACAAGGAGGUCCUCAUAAUCAUCAGAUUGCUGCAUUAGCCGUGGCUUUGAAGCAAGCAAUGGAGCCCGGAUUCAAGGCCUAUGCCAAGCAGGUCAAGGCCAAUGCAGUUGCUCUAGGUAGCUACUUAGUGAACAAAGGUUACAAGCUUGUCACCGGCGGCACCGAAAACCACCUAGUCUUGUGGGAUCUCCGUCCCCUUGGACUGACUGGCAACAAAUUGGAGAAGCUCUGUGAUUUAUGCAACAUCACUGUUAAUAAGAACGCUGUUUUCGGAGACAGUAGUGCUCUGGCUCCUGGAGGCGUUCGAAUUGGUACUCCUGCAAUGACCUCAAGGGGGUUGGUGGAGAAAGAUUUUGAACAGAUAGCAGAAUUCCUUCACCAGGCUGUAAGCUUCUCAUUGAAAAUUCAAAAGGAGCACGGCAAGCUUCUGAAGGAUUUCAACAAGGGUUUGGCGGAUAACAAGGACAUCGAUGAUCUCAAGACAGCAGUCGAGAAAUUUGCUGCGUCCUUUGACAUGCCUGGGUUUCAAAUGUCUACAAUGAAAUAUAAGGACUAGAUCACUUAGUUAUAAAGCUUUACCCGCACAUGCUUUCCUAUCUUCAGCUUUGGUUCCCAUUUCAAGGUUCUCACUAGCUUACCUGUCAAUGUAUCGCGCCCCCUCCCUCUUGUUGUUCACUUGUGUUGAAAGAGAACAUCUCCAAGCAUUCUCUCUC